AUGAUGCAGGCAGCGACAGCUGCAGCUGCGGAAGCUGGGGCAGGGCCGCGCCCAUCCGUGGCAAAACCGCCGGCGCGACAUAAUUCAUUGUCCGCCAGCGGCAGGCUCAAGUACGCCGAUCCUCGUAGCCUCCCAAGUUAUCCAUCCUCCGGUCUGAGCCCGGGUGGCGCAGCUGCCAGUGCAGCGGCAUCUCUUGGCUGGUUUAGCCACAAGCCCAUCGAAACGUGGAAGCCAGAUAAAACGUCAUCAGCCUCCGCCGCCGCUGUCCUCGCCAAAGACUACAAGGUACACCCAGCCUGGGAGCCUGUCAUGGACGGAACUGGGGCCAAAGCUGCGGUGCUGGCGGUUGGAUCUGCCAGCACUGCGUAUAGGCACUCGAGCGUCAAGAAGUCUCGCCACGAUUCAUGGGGCAACACAGCUGCGGCGUCGGCCUUCACCACGAGUGCGAACCGUCCAGUUUCUCCAGAGCCAACAACACUGACCGCAUCCCAUGGAAGCUCUGCCGCAACCCAAGCAUUUCAAGCAAAUCUACUCCAAUCGGCAAAAGUGGCCAGCUUACCGCCCCCUUCACCAAGGGAGAAGCCUCUGGCGGCUGCCAAGGGAGCCAUGUCGCCCUCCAGACUCGGAGUUCCUGCCUCAAGGGCACGUUCGUACUCUACCCCUCCGGUGCCAUCUUAUGCAGAUGCCAAGAGGGCUUCCGUGAGUGCCUUGAACGGGGCAUCUAUAGCUCACCAAGCUGCCAUGAAUAAGCCGCCAGAAAUUGAGGACACCGGUGCUAUCCCAGUUACUACCAUGACUCGGAACAUGUUUACGUCGCACCCACCCGUAAAGCUUGAGGUCGAUGAGCAAACAACAAACGAAAGGAUCCAUCAAUCUGCAGUGGAGAUGGCCAAGAAAAUGUAUCAGCAACAGCAGCUGAACCGAGUCGACGAUUCUGAAGACGGGACCGAAGGCGACGCUGGCCCAUCUGCGAACCGCUUUGUUAACUUACAGGAUGCUGCAUAUAGGCAGGCGCAAGAACGUCUUGCUAAGCUUCAAGAUGAGCAUGAAAAGAAUCGACAAUAUCACGAUUACUAUACCUCAGAAAAACCCCUGCGUCGCCGUUUUACCAUCAUGGACAGAAUACGACGUCGAUCCGCCAGUGAAAGUGAUGUGGAGGAUCGCACACGGUCGGACUUGGUUCACCAGCAAAUGUCUUUAUUCACUUCCCAGCUCGAACAAGUCGAUGAAGAGAAGCGGGAAAGGGAUCGAGAAGCUCUCUUGAUUGCUGCUCGACGCAAUGUCAAAGCCAGCCUCCAAGGGAUGGACGAGCAGCACUAUUUUGAGACUGGAAAGGUCAACCCGACGAUAUUAGGCGACUGGCAAGUUCGAGCUCAACAGGCGGCCCAGCUUCGGCAUGAUACGCGGACGGACGACGGUGGCAGAGUGGACAUUGGAGGCGGAAUGUUUAUGGAUGCUGACGAGAUCGACGCCAUUGCCGCCAGGAGAGUACGCCCUGUGCUAGAUGACAUUCAUGAAAAGGCCGAGGCAGAACGGGAGCGGCUAGCGUCACUCAAAUUCGAAGACGAAGCAAAGAAGGCAGAGGCAGAAAGGGAAAGGGACCGCGAGCGCGAACUAAAGGAAAUCCAAAAGAGGGCCAGAGAGGAGGAUAAGCAACAAGAAAAGGCCAGAAGGCAGCAAGAGAAGAUUGAAGAAAAGCAGAGGAGAGAGGAUGAGAAGGCGGCCAAAGCCGAACAGAAGAGGCUAGCCAAGGAGGACAAGAAGAAACCGAAGCCACAGACUAUUGUUACCGAUCCCCAAAUUCAGGAAAGCCAUCCUGAAACCCAAGAAAGCCCCCGUGAGAUCCAGGAUGUCCACGGCGAAGACCCAGAGAGCCGUCAUGAGAUUCAAGAUGUCCACCACGAAGACAACGAAGAACAGGAACAGGAACAAGAGGCUGAGACACAAAGCAGGCGAGAAGUUGUUACACCCGAGCGUACAAUAACCCCAACGCAAGAGAUGGCUGCUGCUACUGCUACAGUUGCUCCUUCAUCUCCUCCUACCGCUACUACCGCUGUCGCUGCUCCUGCGCCUAUUAGUGCCGCUACCGAUAACGCCGAAACCUCACGAAGAAAGUCAUCUUCUGAAGCACCCACUUCACCAACAGCGCGAGUCAAGGGCUGGAUCAAGAAUCGCUUUUCGCGAGGCAAGUCCAUGAGCGAGCACGGUGAAAAGAAGAAGAGCUUCAUUGGCGGCGCUGCGCUCAGAGGCUCGGCAGCUGGCGGUAGUACGGCCAGCUUGGGGAACCGCUCUUCGAGCAUACGUGAUGUCACUCUGGCGGGAAGGACCGGUGAAGAGACACCGGUGAAUCACACUGCUGAGAUUGCGCGUGAGGCCACGCCUGACAUUGCUCUCGAGGCUCCACCUGAGAUUCUGCCCGAGACUGUACAUGACACCGUACACGAGACUGCGCCUGAGAGUGUAGGUAGAGAUUCUCGUGGCGUAAGCCCAGUCAGUGCACGCAGCGGAAUGGGCAGUAGCGGGAAGGGCAGCGGGAGGAGCAAUGAUAUCGAAAGGUUUGAGACACCAGCAGCCAUAAGAGACCCGGCGCCGCGCCACAGCAACAGCCCUGCGCGAGAUUCCCGGUUCAGAGAAAUGAUGGACCAUUAA